GUUUGCCGAGAUCACCGUGAAGGUUUCUGAGGGAGACGGUGUAGAGGGGGGAAGAAAAAUUCAAAGGGGAACCAAAAAGAAGGCAAAAAUGGAGUGGAAAGAUACAAACGAGGACGAAAAUAUGGAUCAGGAAAAUGACUGCAUUAUAAUAGAACAAAGUGCGGAAGACAUGGCUGACCAAAGAAAGCACAAUGGAAACCUAUUUUACAAGGAAAACAAUUAUUAUGAAGCUCUUAAAUGUUACACAGAAGCUAUAAAUCUGUGCCCAACCUGUGCGGCGUACUACGGCAACAGAGCAGCCACAUACAUCAUGUUAAACAGGUACAAAGAUGCCCUGGAGGAUGCCAGAAGGGCGGUGGAAAUAGACAACACAUUUGUUAAGGGUCAUUUACGAGAGGGCAAAUGUCACUUGGCUUUAGGCAGCACGCCAGCUGCCAUCCAAUGUUACCAAAGAGUUCUUUUGCUGGAACCAGAAAACACUGUAGCUCCGCACGAGAUGCAAAUGGCCCAGAAAGUUCAGGAGUUAUCAGACUUAGCUGCGAACGAUUUUGCGUCAGGAGAAACGAGGAGGGCGUUGUUUUACAUGGAUCGCUGUCUGGAGAUGAGUCCAGCCUGUAACCGGUUUAAAAUACACAAAGCAGAAGCUUUGGCCAUCUUGGGGCGGUAUCAGGAAUCUCAGGAAGUCUCAAAUGAUGUACUACAGAGAGACCAGAUGAAUGCAGAUGCCGUGUAUGUAAGAGGCUUAUGUCUCUAUUACCAAGACAAUGUGGAGAAAGCAUUGCAACAUUUCCAACAAGUUUUACGGCUAGCACCCGACCACAGAAAAGCCCGUGAUGUCUAUAAGAGAGCCAAAGGUCUGAUAGCUAAAAAGGAGGAAGGAAAUGUUGCAUUCCGAUCGGGGAAAUUCGUCGAGGCUUUUGAAUUGUACUCUCAGGCACUGAGUAUUGAUCCUUACAACAAGUUCACAAACUCUAAACUAUACUGUAACAGAGCAACUGUCUGCUCCAAGAUUAAUAAACUCGAUCAAGCUAUAGAAGAUUGUUCGAAAGCUAUUGAAUUGGAUGACACAUAUCUGAAAGCGUAUUUACGGAGAGCAAAAUGUUACAUGGAAACGGAGCAGUAUGAAGAGGCCGUACGAGACUACGAUAAACUGACCAAACUGGACAAGUGUCGAGAAAAUAAACGGUUAUUACAAGAAGCCAAACUUGCUUUGAAACGAAGCAAACGAAAAGACUUCUACAAAAUCCUGGGUGUGGCCAAAGAAGCAACGGACGACGAAAUCAAAAAAGCUUACAAGAAGCGAGCAUUGCUGCACCAUCCAGAUCGUCAUUCCCAUGCUGAACCAGAUGUUCAAAAGGAGGAAGAGAAAAAAUUUAAAGAGCUUGGAGAAGCAUACUCUGUUUUAUCUGAUGCGAAGAAGCGUCUGCGCUAUGACCAGGGGCAAGAUUUAGAAGACUUGGAUGGUCCAGGCUUUGAUCACAUUGAUCCAAACCAAAUAUUCCAGGCUUUCUUCGGAGGUAACCAAGGCUUCUCCUUUGGGGGUGGCAACUUUGGCGGCAUGGGGGGCAGUAGUUUCCACUCCCACUCGAGUCAAUUCCCCGGAGAAUUCACCUUCCAGUUUGGAUGAUGACGGCGAUGUUUUAGUAUCUCUCAUUUGUGAUGUCUAGGAUUAUUAUUGUUUUCUUCUUU